AUGAAAAAAUUACAUUAUCACACAACAGUAGACCCUAGUGUUGUUACAAAACCCAGAUCCCCUUAUUGGACUAGUUUAACGGACGUGGCGAAAUGGAAACCUGAUGAUGAAUUUAAUGUUGCCAAGGUGAAUUUGAAAGAGAGACCCCUAUUCCAAAAUGAUGAUACUCCUCAGAACGAAAUUGAUAAAAGGGAAUGCGAGGUGGUGGUUUGCCAUGAUAUGGCCGGUGGGUACCAUGAAGAUUUCUUCGAUAUUGGUUAUAGCGUUCAGUAUUGGCAAUACGUGGACAUUUUUAUCUAUUUUUCUCACCAUCGAUUAACCGUGCCGCCUUCACAAUGGACAAAUGCUGCGCAUAGAAAUGGUGUUAAAGUUCUUGGAACCUUCAUUACCGAAUGGCAGAGAGAUAUGCUGGAAAACGAAUUAUGGGUUCGUGGUCCUCACUCCAGCGUACCACUCUAUGACAAUGAGAAUGUGAAUCGGGAAAUAGUCAGUACAUUCUUUGCAGACAAGAUGGUGGACAAUGUGAAACAGGAUAAUCCAGACGAAGGUUCGAUCAUUAGCCGUAUUAUCAAGUUUCCGAAAAAUAUUACGGUAUUGAUGAACAAUCUUUUUGCAGACAAGGGUUUGGCUGUUGCUCACUAUAUUACGCCUAGGCUUUCCCCUGGUGUCAAGAAUUUUUACACCAAUUUUGAUCGGGGAUGUGGAUAUAAAUUUUUUAUUGAAGGAAAGGAAGUCUUGGAACAGGAGUGGGCGCAUCUUAGCCAUCAAUCCAUUCAACCGUCCUCCGUGAAAUCGGUUUUAAAGAUUCUAUCUUCUGAAGAUGAUCGUCUGCAUUAUAAUCAUGAAACUUCGAAAGAUGUCAAUUGGGAACUCACAUUUGAUCAGGCUUAUAACGGGGGUACAUCUGUCCUGGUCAAAGGAACUGAUCAAGGACAAACGACUUUUGCAUUGAUACCAUUGUUUGACCUAAAUAUAGCCAUCUCUUCGCAAAACCAUACCAGAGCAAGAAUUACUUAUUUGCCUAAGGAUUAUGAUUUUAUGGUAGGAUUAUAUGUAAGGGUAGGAAUAAAUCGAAAGGGAAAAGAUGACGCUUCUGAUGAUGAUAAAAUCGUGAUCAACUUUUCCGACACUAAUCUGGCUUCACAAGAUCAAAAUGAAUUUUCGAUUGUCUCUAUCGAGGAUGACGAGGUCCACCCUACAAAGGGCAUUGUCUCCCAAAAGUUUCAAAAAUUCGAGACAUCCAUCGUGUCGACGGAAAAUGAUUGGAUCACCGCGGAAAUUUCGAUUCCACCCGAUACAUUUUCCUCAUCAAAGACGGAUUUACCUGUCGAACUUUUUAUACAGGAGCUAGGUGUGCUCGUCGUUCGCCAGUCAUUUCCGAUAAGACAUGAAGAACAAUCACCUACUUCGGAGCCGAAAGAGACGGAACCACCCUCCCCUAGCGUAAUCCUGUAUGUGGGAGAAUUAUCUGUAUCGACUUCACCACAUUACAUAUUUAAUUCGGAAGUACAAAAUGUAUUCUGGAAUAAUCGCACAUUACGCAUUGAACAUAUGGAAUUCAAAGGCUUAUUGCGAAUUUCAGGAACGGUAGAGUGGGAGUUGGGUAUUCAAGUAACUGAUAAUUCCAUUCGGAAUUCGUUAUCUGAUGUAGAUAAGGUUAACUCGUUUGGAUAUUAUUACAUAUAUGUCGCAACUCACUCAUCACAAAAGAGGGGACCGGAGGUCGGUGAAUUGACAUUUUUAGGAGUGUCCGACGUUAAUAUGUUUGUUAUUGCAGGAUAUGAUGUUCCCGUGUCUAAGAUCGAAAAGGACACGGUGUUAUCGGUUUGGGUUCAGGGUGUAAGAGAGACUGAUGGAAAGUGCGAACGGCCGGAAAAAUGGAAGAAAUGCGAAAUAGCCUUAUCGUCAUAUGUUGUUCAUGGAAUUUUGUGA